AUGCCUGAAAACGCUCCCGCUGCCGGGAAACUAUGGGGUGGCCGAUUCACUGGCGGCACGGAUCCUAUAAUGGUUCAGUACAACGAGUCCAUUUACUUCGACCGGGCCUUCUACUCUCAAGACAUUCGUGGCAGUGUGGCGUAUGCCAGAGCAAACAAGAACGGUGGUUUGCUCACCGACCACGAAUUCGCUGAGAUCGAGCGAGGUUUCCAACUGGUCCUGAAGGAAUGGGAGCAGGGCAAAUUCGAGAUUCAACCAGGCAUUGACGAAGACAUUCACACUGCCAACGAGAGACGACUUGGCGAGAUCAUUGGCAAAGAUAUCGCCGGCAAACUUCACACUGGACGCAGCCGCAACGACCAGGUCGCUACUGAUAUGCGUCUCUGGCUGCGAGACCAGCUCGACACACUCGAAGAAUACCUUGUGGCCUUCCUCAAAGUGAUUGCUGCUCGUGCCGAAAAGGACAUUGAGCAUGUCAUGCCCGGCUACACCCAUCUCCAACGCGCUCAGCCAAUUCGCUGGAGCCAUUGGAUGCUCAUGUACGGCUCUUUCUUUGCCUCUGAUCUGCAGAGGCUUCGUGAGGUCAAGGCGCGUGUCAAUAGAAGUCCACUAGGCUGCGGUGCUCUCGCUGGUAACCCCUUCAACAUUGAUAGGGAUGCCAUCGCCAAGGAGCUGGGCUUCGAUGGUCUGAUCAUGAACUCGAUGGCUGGCGUCGGUGAUCGUGACUUCGUGGUCGAGACCAUGCAAUGGGGCACCAUGGUGAUGACUCACAUGUCUCGCUGGGCUGAGGAUCUCAUCAUCUACUCCACUGGAGAGUUUGCAUUCGUGAAGUUGGCAGACACGUACUCCAMUGGAUCAUCGCUCAUGCCACAGAAGAAGAACCCCGACUCGCUUGAGCUGAUCCGCGGCAAGUCCGGUCGCGCUUUCGGCCAAAUGGCAGGCCUCAUGAUGAGUGUCAAGGGCAUCCCAUCGACAUACAACAAGGACCUACAGGAGUCGGUCGAGCCUAUGCUAGAUCACGUCAAGACUGUUGGCGACAGUAUUCAAAUCGCAACUGGUGUGCUUUCAACCUUGGCGAUCAACCCAGAGAACAUGAUCAAGUCCCUCUCGCCUGACAUGCUAGCUACCGACCUGGCAGACUAUCUUGUCCGCAAAGGAGUGCCAUUCCGUGAGACUCAUCACAUCUCUGGUCGUGUUGUGGCGCUGUCGGAGAAAGAGGACAAGCCAAUGGACACUUUGACUUUUGAGCAGCUGCAGAGUGUUGACAGUCGCUUUGAAAAGGACAUUCUCAAGGUCUUCGACUACCAGAAGAGUGUUGAGAUGCGCUCUGCAAAGGGAGGCACAAGCCGUAGCGCAGUGAUGGAACAGAUCGAGGCGCUCAAAAAGGUCCUCGAUGGGCACAACAUUUGA